CUGUACGUAGGCGGAUAUGUUACCAUAGUAACAGCAUAGUCACAGCUCUGUUGACUCUCUGCAGCAGCUAACUUCGUGUGAAUAAACUAAAGUGGUCUGCCGAUCAGUUGUUUGCCACCGAGAUAGAGCGCUCACUUCAGGACCACUAAGCAGGGUCUGCGGAAGGCAGGAUGUCGAAUGAUGUUGCCGGUGUGUGGGAGGUGGCGCUGAGCGAUGGAGUCCACAGGAUUGAGUUUGAACAUGGCACGACCACCGGAAAGAGGGUCAUCUACGUUGAUGGAAAGGAGAUACUGAGACGGGACUGGAUGUUCAAACUUGUGGGGAAGGAGACAUUCAGUGUGGGCAAAUCAGGCACCAAAGCAACGAUCAACAUUGAUGCAGUCAGUGGUUUUGCCUACGAGUACACAUUGGAGAUCAACGGGAAGAGCUUGAAGAAGUACAUGGAGAACAGAUCAAAGGUCACCAGUACCUGGGUUCUCAACUUGGACGGCAUUGACUGCAGGGUGGUCCUGGAGAAAGACACCAUGGAUAUUUGGUGUAAUGGACAAAAUAUUGAGACUGCGGGGGAGUUUGUGGAUGAUGGCACAGAAACACAUUUCACCCUCGGAGACCACAACUGCUGUGUGAAGGCUGUGAGCAGCGGGAAGAGACGAGACGGCAUCAUUCACACGCUGCUCGUGGAUGGCACAGAGAUAGCUGAGUGCACAGAGUGACUGUGUGUGUUUACAUUUAUAUGAAAGCGGAGAUCUGGUCUGUGUGUGACACUCGGUAUCUGUGAAGAGUAGAAGAAUGUUAUCUGAAGCUGUUAGAGUCGGUGACCAGCUGAUAGAAAUAUGCGCUCCUGUGUUUGGAGGGCCACGCUCUGGAGGGUAUGUUAGCCAUAUGCUGGUACUGUCAAGCUUGUGCUGUAGUUAAUAUAGUACGAGUUGAAGACAGGACCUGCAAUCUGGGCAGUUUUAGAAGAGAGGGUGCAGCCGUACAUUUCAGUCACAAAAAAGGAUUUACUGUCUAAAAAUGGUAACUUCACACUGAAACACUUUUUUUGGGGUUGUAAACUGGUACUUCAUAUUGAUAUAAAUACUAUCACUUUCAGUAAUAUCAACAUUGGAAGCCACAUGUGCCAUAUUUAUUGAACUCUGUUUGCCCUACGGUCGUUAACACGAGCAGCUGAUAUUCUCUUAGAGAUGUACUGUACAUAUUGUCAUUUUGUAGAAAACGAGCAACCACUUUACACAUGGCCUGGCCCAGUAAACCCCAGAAUCCACCAGUUCUCCCUGCUCUUCAUGCUCGCUUUCUUGUAUAUGUCAAUGUUGUGUAGUAGGAGUAUUAAAUACCAGGGUACAAGAUUGUUGAAUGUAGCAUCGUCCCAGUGUGCACCGCUCAGGACUGAUCUAUGUGUGGUCCUAUGUCGAAGUGUGUGAUUGGUUCAGCCAGUUGAUGUUACGGUAAUAUGUAAAUAGCCGCUGUGGAUUGGUCAAAACAUCCUAGGGGGCGCGUUCUGCAAUUUAAUGGCUGUAACAUUUACAUAGACAAUCGCUCAGAUGUGACAUUAUUCCCAGUAAUAAAUCACAUACACAGCUGAAGUAAGUCUCUUGCUGAUAUCCAGACAUUCGUCAGAGACUCUUUGUCGUCUGCAGAGAUGUGUGGAUUUCUGUUGUGCUGUCAAAUUGUUAGUUUCUUUUUGUAUGUAAAGGCCAGAUGUUGUUGUGACACAGAAUUUAAGCUAAACACUUCUAUUAAGUCAUGGUUCCAAAUUAAAGAUUGAACAUUUCUCCAAUGUCUCAAAUGCUUGUUUACAUUUUGCAAAGAGAGGCAUUUAUUAAAGUCCAGCCAGUUGUCAAGGUCUCCAUAAAAACUAGGUAAACUUUUAUCUGCUGACGGCUGUCAGAUGAAGAUGAACGCUCCAGUAAACCCUAUUAAAUGAACCUUGAGUAAAUUUUUUCUCUUGUCAAACAAUUUUGAAAGUUAGGGAUGAACCUUCAUGCUCAAUAUACUGUGAUUUCUAACAAUUAUGUUGUUGUAUUGUAUCAUUAACAAUAUGAGGGACGUCCUUUUAUGUCUUCAUGUGUCCUGUAUAAAAGUUUUAUACAUGUAUUUAAUGUUGUUUACUUACAUGUUUGUAAAACAUAAACUGUAUUUGAUUUCUUUAAAUCCAUGUAGCUGAGCUUCAUGAAAGGAUCUUCAAAUAUACAUUAAAAAAAACCUGCACAAGUG